CGCUGCGGCGGCGGCCCAGAGGCGCGGGGCGCGGGCUCGGGCGCAGGCGCCGGCAGCGGGCCAUGCCGGGGGCCGGGGACGGCGCGGAGGAGAGCUGCAGUGGUGGUGAGGGAGCGGUGCCGGGAACUGGCUCGGAGGCUGGGGCGGUGGCGGGACGGGAGCCGUCGCGGCUCUGUGGCUACCUGCAGAAGCUCUCCGGCAAGGGCCCGCUGCGCGGCUACCGCAGCCGCUGGUUCGUGUUUGACUCGCGCCGCUGCUACCUCUACUACUUCAAGAGCCCGCAGGACGCCCUGCCGCUCGGCCACCUAGACAUCGCCGACGCCUGCUUCAGCUACCAGGGCCGCGAUGAGGCUGCGGAGCCGGGAGCCGAUCCGCCCACGCACUUCCAGGUGCACAGCGCCGGUGCAGUCACCGUGCUCAAGGCUCCUAAUCGCGAGCUCAUGACUUACUGGCUCCAGGAGCUUCAGCAGAAAAGAUGGGAAUAUUGCAACAGCCUUGACAUGGUGAAGUGGGACAGCAGGACUUCCCCAACUCCAGGGGAUUUCCCCAAGGGCCUUGUGGCCAGAGAUACCACAGAUAUAAUUUCCCAGCACCCAAAUCCUUCUGCAGAAAAAGCCAGAACUGUGCUCGCUGUGGAAGCUGCCCCUGGAGAGCUGGUGGGGGAGCGGGCUGCCCAUCAGCCGGCCCCCGGGCAUCCGAAUCCCAUUAACUUUUACUCUCUGAAGCACUGGGGUAAUGAGCUCAAAAAUUCAAUGUCAUCAUUCCGUCCUGGGAGAGGGCACAGCGAGAGUCGCAGGACCGUGUUUUACACCAAUGAAGAGUGGGAACUUGUGGACCCACCUCCUAAGGACCUGGAGGAGUCCCCGGUACAGGAAGACAGGAAGAAGCCAAUGCCUGAGGGGAGUAAAGGAGUCACUAGUUCAGGAUUUCCCUUUGAAUUUGGACGGAAUCCCUAUAAAGGAAAGCGCCCCUUGAAAGACAUAAUUGGGUCAUACAAAAACCGCCACAGCAGUAGUGACCCUUUGAUGGAGGGAACCUCACCGGGCAGCAGCGGAUGUCUCACUAAGCCAGUCCCCGAAAUGCAGCUGCAGAUUCAAAGCCAGCAGGAGGAACUGGAGCAACUCAGGAAGGACCUGUCCAGUCAGAAGGAGCUCAUUCGGCUGCUCCAGCAGACAGUCCGGUCAUCGCAAUAUGACAAGUAUUUUACGAGCCACCAAAUCAGCCAGGGCGUCCCGAGGGACACGCUGGAGCUCCUCCAGCGAAAGGACGAGCAGAUCCUGGGCCUCAGCGGCCAGCUGGAGAGGCUCGGCCUGGAGAAGGAGUGCCUCCAGCAGGAAGUGAGGGCGCUGAAGAGCAAGGUGGGCGAGCUCAGUGAGCGCCUGGGGAUGCUGAUGGAGACCAUCCAGGCCAAGGACGAAGUCAUCAUCAAGCUCAGCGAGUGUGAGGGCAGCGUGUCGUCGCCCACCGCAGGGCCCAGCUCUCCUCUGGCCACACCGGGCAGCAGGGACCAGCUGGAGCUGGACAGGCUAAAAGAUAGUCUGCAAGGGUACAAAAGCCAAAAUAAAUUCCUGAACAAGGAAAUUUUGGAACUCUCAGCUCUACGAAGAAAUGCAGAAAGGAGAGAGAGGGAUCUGAUGGCAAAGUACUCUAGCCUGGAAGCCAAGCUCUGCCAGGUUGAAAGUAAAUACUUGAUACUGCUCCAAGAAAUGAAGACACCAGUUUGCUCUGAAGAGCAGGGGCCUGCCAGGGACGUCAUAGCCCAGUUGUUGGAGGAUGCUCUGCAGGUUGAGAGCCAAGAGCAGCCGGAGCAAGCCUUCGUUAAGCCUCAUCUGGUCAGUGAGUUUGAUAUCUACGGGUUUAGGACUGUCCCUGAUGAUGAUGAGGAAGAGAAGUUGGUCGCCAAGGUCCGAGCAUUGGACCUGAAGACUCUGUACCUCACAGAAAACCAGGAAGUUUCCACUGGGGUCAAGUGGGAAAAUUACUUUGCAAGCACGAUGAACAGGGAGAUGGUAUGUUCUCCAGAGCUUAAAAACCUGAUCCGAGCAGGCAUCCCCCACGAGCACCGCUCGAAGGUGUGGAAGUGGUGUGUCGACCGUCACACCAGGAAGUUCAAGGACAGCAUGGAGCCAGGCUACUUCCAGACCUUGCUCCAGAAGGCUCUGGAGAAACAGAACCCGGCCUCCAAGCAGAUUGAGCUGGACCUGCUUCGGACUCUGCCCAAUAACAAGCAUUACUCCAGCCCCACGUCGGAGGGCAUCCAGAAACUGCGCAGUGUGCUCCUCGCCUUCUCCUGGCGCAAUCCGGAUAUCGGCUACUGCCAAGGCCUCAACAGGCUGGUGGCACUGGCUCUCCUGUACCUGGAACAAGAAGAUGCUUUCUGGUGCCUCGUUACCAUCGUGGAAGUCUUCAUGCCUCGAGACUAUUACACAAAGACUCUAUUAGGAUCCCAGGUGGACCAGCGGGUGUUCCGAGACCUCAUGAGUGAGAAGCUGCCUCGCCUGCACAGCCAUUUUGAACAGUACAAAGUGGACUACACCCUCAUCACCUUCAACUGGUUUCUGGUGGUAUUUGUGGACAGCGUUGUCAGCGACAUCCUCUUUAAAAUAUGGGACUCUUUCCUUUAUGAGGGACCAAAGGUUAUUUUCCGUUUUGCCCUGGCACUUUUUAAAUAUAAGGAAGAGGAGAUCCUGAAAUUACAAGAUUCAAUGUCCAUAUUCAAGUAUCUCCGUUACUUCACCCGGACUAUCCUCGAUGCCAGGAAGCUGAUCAGCAUCUCCUUUGGGGAUCUGAACCCCUUCCCCCUGCGCCAGAUCCGGAACCGGAGAGCCUACCACUUGGAGAAGGUCCGGCUGGAGCUGACAGAACUGGAGGCCAUUCGAGAGGACUUCCUGCGUGAGCGGGACACUAGCCCUGACAAAGGCGAGCUAGUUAGUGAUGAGGAGGAAGAUACUUGAUGAAUCCCACCCUGGGAUGCUGCUCUUCUUGCCUUCCUUUAUAACCAAAAGUAGCAAAGGCACUCACACCUCUGCACAUCAGCUGCCAGACUGUAACGUCUACAGCCUCUGGGUGUCUGCUGGGCAGGCAUCCAAAGCUAAGCUGCACUUUUUCAUCUCCCAUCUGGGGGCAGGGGUCCGAUGGCUUUACAGCCAUUUCCAUGUCAUGGCAUUCGGUCACAUGCAUCAUAUGCUUGCUGCCUGAUUGGUGACUCACCAGGUGACUGUUUCCAAGGCCUGUUUACAGCAUCUGCUGGUUGUGCGAGCGUUUCCCCCUGCAAACCCUGUCUUCCACACCUCCCUGUGCUCUUUCUUUUCUCCAAGGGAAGCACUGUGGAGAAAUGUUCAUGGGGUUGCAGAGUGGCUGCUUCCGGGGGCAAAAGGUCACCAUAAGAAAAAAGCAAGCACAGAACUGGCCUCCCUAGAGAGGAGGAGGGAGCCCCCUGCUGGUGGUGUCGCACUGCCCUCUGGACUGGCCUUUGCCUUUACUUUAUUUACUGCCUUUACGGACUCUGGCGCUCACCCUGCUCUGCAGCCAGUCCCACACUUUGUCUCAUUGCCAGCUAUUUUGCCAGCUGUCUGUCCCGGCUUGCAGUGGGGCUAGCACAUCUCCAAGAGCUGCUGUAGAACGUUCUUCUAGCUGGGAGCUGACUUGUAGACGCCAUUCUCCAAGUGUGGCUGGGUUGGGGUUCCAAAGGAACCUUGCUGUAGACCCAGCCCUGCAUAAGGGAGCAUGGGGGACUCAGAUCUGUGGCUUGUGGGCUCCUGGAUUCAGGACUCUAGAAUCUCUCCUGCCCAACAGCUGGGUGGAGUGCGGCUGCCUGCCAGCUUCCUGCAGCUGGGAACACCUUUGCUUGGGAACAAGCGUGAUGAGUUCGCCUAGUCUCUGCUGCCUGGAUCAUCCUUGUCCUCAGCAGGGACCUGAGGCCACUGUGGCCUCUGAAAUGCAGACUCUGGGGACUUGGAGCAGUUCCUCUUGAAGCCCAGAGAGGGUCUAAACAAGGAAGGUUAUUUUUGCUCAAUCCCGGAGCAUCCCUGAUGGUAGCUGUCAUGAGAAAACCUCUUCUUACACAGUAUUAUCGGAACACAAGGGAAACAGCCUUAAGUGGACUACAUGACACUACCUGGGAAAAAAUUGGAAACAAACCACAGUGUAAACACACUCAGACUAAGUGGAGUAAGACAGUUUCAAGAAGCGCUUUUCCAUGACCCAUUUUCCUGUUUUUGCUGUCUGCUUUCUAGCACUUGAAUGGCUGAGUCCAUUUUUAGCAUCUAGACUAUGCUUAACUUUUCUAAAAGUUCUUCAUUUAUUACCAUGUAAGCGGAGCUGGUCUCUAUAUUUAGCCAAUAGCCUUUGUCUAUCUUCAGGUAUCAAAAAUGUCAUCCUUAUGUCUCUGGAAUGGUGGUUUGAGGCCUGGCUUCUUCAGGAAGCUGUCUGGAGCUGGACAGUAGUCUCACUGCUGUUCCCAGAGCCUCCCUGAGACCAAAUACUGGAAGAUGCCCCACCCCCUGUGAAAUGCUGGCUGACCGUCUUGGGGACAGCUGUUAGGAGGUGCAGUAGGUAGGGCUGGAGCCCCGUGGUUCAGUCCCAUGGCUCAGUGGCCAUGUCAGUUUCCUACCAGAGGAUGCUAGUCCAAAUACGUGUUUGGUGUAAAUGCUCUUAGUGGUGGGUUGCUUUUGUCCUGUGUGCUGGUGGGGGCAUCUGUAAAGUACCUGUUGGUGCUGGGGACAUAGCUCAGAACAUGUGCCUGGUAUGUGGGGCCCUGGCUUUCAGCCCAGUGAUUGAAAAGAAAAAAAUCCCCAGUAUGCGCGGGAGCCUGUUCUGCCAUUCCCUGAGAAGAUAGCAUCAGUCCCUCAAGCAGUUAGUAUCAGUGCCCAGGUAAACGUCUCAGGAGGAAUGCACGCUUAGCGGCUGUCCUCCGUGGAAUAAAUGACUCAGCGAACGUCUGCAACGCUCUAAAGGAAUGGUUGCCCUCUUGCCAGUUUGGGGACAAAAUGACAGAGGCUCAUCCCAGGGGCCACGGCUCCAGGGACUGAACCAUCUUCUCCUAUUCCCUCGUCACUGAGACCUGUCUUUACUCCCCAGUGCUCCUGAAGUUCCAGACCUCUCCCAGCCACCAUGUCAGGUACCCCUAGCGUCAGGGGCUGCCCCGUGCUGCUUUUCAUCUGAACCGUUACCCAGCAUGCAAUGCAUGGCUCCUGCCUGGUGAGCCUUGUGGUCUGAGAAACCCAAAGCACAGCCUGUGUGGGUCCAAAUACACAUGCCACAGAGGGGAGCACCCUGCCCUCAGCGCCCCAUCUGAGGCAGGGGCGCUUUCCGAUAUUCCAACUGUUGAUACUUUUAUAUUUUCACUACAUUUUAUAUUUUUAUAGUCUAUUUUAUAUUAAGGUUUUCUAGAUUCUGUACAACUUUUAUGUGACAAGUUCUAUUUUAUGUGCACGACUCCCCGGUAUGUAUUUAUAUCAACCCGCGCCUCUCAAGCCGCAGGUCCCUCUUGUGCCACCUUUUCCCCUUAGCCUUGACCCUCACUCUCUACUGCUCACCCAGGGAGCCUCAGGGGCGACUUCUAGCCAUGAUGACAGCCGAACAGUAGUAACUGGUCAGCAGUUACUUCUCUGCUGUUUGUUAGCUGUGGCCUGUUGAUACAGGAAGUACGCUGGGAAAUACCCAGUCAGGUCUUGUUAGCUACAUUACUACACAAGCCCCUCUCGCUUAGUACAGUGAUGCAGCCACCUCUGGGUGGGUGGCUGGUCAGCCAAGUCCUUGAAGACAGAAGCUAGAUGUAAGCCUGCUACAUGAGGUUCUUCUCCUGUGGGCAGACUUGAGGACACACUGCCAAGUGACUGUCCUUUUGUAUCGCAGCAGUUUCCAUGUUCACCCUUGAGUUAAAUGUUAGACUUGUAAAGGAAGAAAUAAACUAAUUUGUAUUCCA